CAGUCGAGUCACACACGAGGGACAUUGCGUUCGUUCCUCAUAAACACGUUUUUAUUGAAGAAAAGAUUCAUGUUUUGGAUCGUUUGUUGAUGGUGGUAAAAUGGCAACGUUUGAGUCUGUCGGCCUGUGUGGUUGGUUGAUCCAUCAGUGUAAGGAGAUGGGCAUCAAUCGUCCAACGCCAGUACAGGAGAAAUGCAUCCCAGCCAUACUGGAAGGUCGGGACUGCAUGGGCUGUGCAAAAACUGGAAGUGGGAAAACGGCAGCUUUUGUCCUCCCAGUGCUGCAAAAGUUGUCUGACGACCCUUAUGGUGUUUUCUGCUUGGUCUUAACCCCCACUAGAGAGCUUGCUUACCAGAUAGCAGAACAGUUCCGAGCAUUAGGAAAGCCACUGGGCUUGAAGGACUGUAUCAUUGUGGGUGGAAUGGACAUGGUCACCCAGGGUUUAGAGCUGUCGAGAAAGCCUCAUGUUGUUGUUGCAACACCAGGACGACUUGCUGAUCACAUCAGAAGCUCUGACAACAUCAACUUGAAGAAAAUCCAGUUUCUAAUCCUGGAUGAAGCUGACCGUCUUUUGGAGCAGGGCUGCACAGAUUUCACUAAAGACCUAGAGGUCAUUCUCAGUGUUGUGCCCGCAAAACGCCAGACACUGCUGUUCAGUGCCACACUUACAGACACACUGCAGCAGCUUCAGAGCAUCGCCAUGAACAAACCUUUCUUCUGGGAGCAAACAUCUGAGAUGCGAACUGUAGAAGAGUUGGAUCAGAGAUACAUCCUCACUCCUGAGAAGGUCAAGGAUGCUUACCUGGUCCAUCUCAUCCAGACGUUCCAGGAUGAACAUGCUGAUUGGUCUGUCAUAAUAUUCACAAACACUUGCAAGAACUGUCAGAUACUCGCAAUGAUGCUGCGUGAAUUCAAUUUCCCAACCAUCACUCUGCACUCAAUGAUGAAGCAGAGACAACGUUUUGCCAACCUGGCAAAGUUCAAGUCAAACGUCUUCAAAAUUCUCGUAGCAACAGAUGUUGCUGCCAGGGGUUUGGAUAUUCCCACCGUACAGGUUGUUAUCAACCAUAACACGCCAGGUUUGCCUAAAACUUACAUCCACAGAGUUGGACGAACUGCUCGAGCUGGUCGAAAUGGUGUAUCCAUUACACUAGUCACACAAUAUGACAUCCACCUUGUCAAUGCCAUUGAGGAACUGAUACAGGCAAAAUUGAAGGAAUUUCCAGUUGUAGAAAAAGAGGUGUUAAAGAUCCUCACGCAGGUCAACGUAACAAGACGACAAUGUGAAAUUAAACUGGAGUCAACUGAUUUUGAUGAGAAAAAGAACACCAACAAAAGGAAACAGAUGAUUCUAGAGGGAAAAGAUCCAGAUUUGGAAGAGAAAAGGAAACAUGAACUUGACAAAAUCAAGCGAAAGGAAAAGUUCAAAGGAAAAAUUCAAGAAAAGCAUCAGAAGAAAAAACAACAACAAGAAACAUGACAAGUGGACUUUAGAAGCUGCAGAUUUGAUAUUGUACAUAUUGUUUUUUCCUCAUUCAUUUGCCAUAAUUAAAUGUAAAACAAUAAAAAUAUGAAACUAUUUUGACAUAAA